AUUGCUGUCCCCUUGUCUCGUUGCUGCCCUUCCCGGUCCGGGGUGCCGCCUCUUCCCAUUCUUUCCCUCAUUCCUGCAGGUCAAUAUGGCGAAAUCCUACGACCAUCUCUUCAAGUUGCUGCUGAUCGGGGACAGCGGGGUGGGGAAGACCUGUCUGAUCGUCCGCUUCUCCGAGGACAGCUUCAACAGCACCUACAUCUCCACCAUAGGAAUCGAUUUUAAAAUCCGGACGACCGAAAUCCAAGGGAAGAAAAUCAAACUGCAGGUCUGGGACACGGCCGGGCAGGAGAGGUUCAAGACCAUCACUACCGCCUACUAUCGGGGGGCAAUGGGGAUAAUCUUGGUCUAUGACAUCACUGACGAGCGAUCCUACGAAAAUAUCCAAAACUGGAUGAAGAGCAUUAAAGAGAACGCUGCGGCAGGAGUAGAGCGGAUGCUCCUGGGGAAUAAAUGUGACAUUGAGAGCAGACGGAAAGUCCCAAAGGAGCGCGGGGAGAAGCUCGCUAAAGAACACGGCAUCCGCUUCUAUGAGACCAGUGCUAAGUCCAGUCAGAACGUGGACGAGGCGUUCAAUGCACUGGCCACAGACAUCCUGAUGCAGAUGUCCCGGAGAGCGGGCCACGGGAUGAGGGAUCCAGUGGAUUUAAAAAGUUCUUCCAAGAAAGGAGGCAACAAGUGUUCUGUGCUAUAAGGAUCCGCUGGAGGGAGGUCAGGCGGCCCCCCAUCAGUAACAGGACGCCGCUUAUCCAGACUGAUAUAGAACUGACGGAAUUAAUAUGGCGCCGUCCCUGGGUCCAUCCAGCGCUGGCAGGAGCCGGGGGCCCUCAUUCUACUGACCCCCAUGGACAUUGCUUAUAGGUCAAGUAAUAUAGGAGUAGGAAGUGUUAAUACCCGAGGGAGGGGGCAGCGGCGGCGGCCAUAUUUGGACGUUGGCACUGAAGGCACAGCCUGGGACCCCAAUCUUCUGUGGUGACCUCUUGACCUUUAGGAGAUCUUAGAUUUGGCGCCAAUUAUUGAGGGAUGUGAUUAGGAGCCGGGAGAUGGGUGUAAGGAUAUGGAACGUGUAGUAGCUGGAGGCUGGGACUUGUAGUCCGCCAGAAGGAUUAUCUGGAGAGGGGCAGACAUUCCUGCGCUGCAGACGAGGGGAUUCACAAGCUGUUCAGUGCCGUCCUGUACCCCCUACGAAGCGGUGAACACGUCACGUAUUUGUCCGUCGCUCCAUGUACUGUAUAUUAGGGGCCCCACAACAGCCAAUCACACACAAGAGAAAUAAAGCGUGGCUCCUGAUUGGCCGUUGUGGAGGCUUCCCAGUAAUACUUCCAGUGGGGCCCCAGGGCCACUCUUAAGGGAGAGUGUGAUUGGCGGUCUGAGCUAAUAGCAGCGCUCUGGACGUAGAACCGCCGGAGCCGUCUCCUCCGAUGGUGCCCCAUGUAAUAAACGCUGUUUUCUAACAUC